UCGUCUAUCAUCAUCAUCAAUAACAACAUCCUCAGUAUGUGCAAACGAACAAGAGAAGAAGAAUUGAAGGACCAUCAUCUAUCCCUUGCUGCUGCUCUUUCCCAUCAUACCCACUAAUCCUUUUCUACUUUGCGCAAGCGUCAUCUUCUUCAAUCAAAACCCAAUUCCUCAAUUUCUGUUACUUACAGAAACCAAGAAGCUAUGUCGAUGCGAGAGCUAGUUUCAGGAGGAGCAGCAUGUGCGGUUCCUGGUUCUUCUUCUUCUUCCAAUCCUCUUGGUGCUCUUGCCAAUAAUCUCCUUGGCUCAUCUUCUAAAACCCAGGAAAGGCUAAAGGAAAUUCCAACAUCAACAGCUACUAGUUCCGAGAAUCAUUUUUACCAGGAUGUUCAGGAUCCCUUGAGAGCACUUCCAGGUGCUGAGUUCGAACAAAAAUCAUUUCCUCACCCUGGCGCUCAGGGUUCGGAAUUUUUUCGUGGGUUUCGCUCUGCUGAUCAGCAUGGACUUGCUGAUGCUUGGGACGAGAUACAGCGGUCUCAUGGUCCUCCUCCACCUCAGGCUAAUAUUCCUCAAUUGGAUAAUAUAUAUAAUCGUGGACCUCAGCUUCAACCAACUUUGGAUGGACCACCCCAAAGAAUAUUGUCAAGCUUCUUGCACUCAUUUGUUGAAAGUAGCCGUGGUGGAAUUCCUUUUCGUCCUACUCAACUGCCAAUGUUAGGAUUAUCUGAAGGUGAUAAACAAUGUAUACGUGAUCGUAGCAGCAUAAUGGCCCGGCAUUUUUUUGCUGAUAAGAGUGAAGAUUUUAUUAACGCACAGGUGAAUGCACUAUUAUCUUCAUUAGAAAUUGAUGGUGAUGUUCGGGCCAAGGGGCCUAUGCCUGGGAGAUUUAGGGAGCUGGAGGAUUAUUGGAAUGAGUCUCAAGGUAGUUUGAGACCUGGUCCCCAUGCUGCGGAUGGAUGGAUUACAGAAUUUAGCCAGCAGAGAUUAGACCAUGGUAAUCCUGAUGCUUGGGCUCAUGCAUUUGAACGACAGCAUGGUGCUAAUGGUUGGGCCUUCGAAUUUGACCAGGAACAACAGUUGUUAUCAGUGGAUCAAAUGAGAGGUGCGAAUAUCUCAAACUUGGCUGCAAUGGAGCAGACUCGUAUGCUCGCGCACACUCUAGCUCAAAAUAAUGACCCAAAAUUUCAGAAUUCAAAGUUUCUUCAAUUUGUUUCAAAGAUGAGUCGUGGUGAACUUAUUAUUGAUGAUAAUCAAGUCAAGCCAGCUACAUUGUCUGCACCUGGUGACUGGGCAACUGAAUAUCAACAACAGUACACUGGGGGUACUUCAUGGGCUGAUGAAUAUGUGCAAGAUCAGGUUCCGCAUGGCCCUGAGCAAUGGGGAAAUGAGUUUGCUGCUGAAAGAGGGCAAAAUGGCUCUGUUGAUGAUCAGUGGGUAAAUGAAUUCUCAAAGUUGCAUGUUAAUGACUGGGUAGAAGAAUUUGGGCAACAGGUUGAGGAAGGAGCAUUAGGGGACAGUUCAGUGGAUAACUGGGCAAAUGCAUAUGACGAGUACAUGAAUGAACAAGUAGCUGCUAAGCAGCAGUCAGAUGCUUCAAGGGGAGUCUAUGUGUUUUCUGAUAUGAAUCCUUAUGUUGGUCACCCCAAUCCUUUAAAACAAGGCCAGGAUCUAUUCCAUAAAGGGCUUCUAAGUGAAGCAGUGCUUGCUUUAGAGGCUGAAGUCUUGAAAAAUCCCGAUAAUGCUGAAGGUUGGAGGUUACUUGGAAUAGCAAAUGCAGAGAAUGACGAUGAUCAACAGGCUAUUGCAGCAAUGAUGCGUGCGCAGGAGGCUGAUCCUGCAAAUCUUGAAGUGCUUCUUGCUCUUGGUGUGAGUCAUACAAAUGAAUUGGAGCAGGCAGCUGCCUUGAAAUACUUAUAUGGAUGGCUUCGUAAUCACCCGAAAUAUGGAUCACUUGCCUCUCCAGAGCUUGCUGAUUCGUUGUAUUAUGCUGAUGUUGCUAGAUUAUUCAAUGAUGCUUCUCAGAUGUCACCUGAGGAUGCUGACGUGCACAUCGUACUUGGCGUGCUAUAUAAUUUAUCCAGGGAAUAUGACAAAGCCAUUGCUUCCUUUCAAACAGCUUUGAAACUUAAGCCACAGGAUUACUCCCUCUGGAACAAGCUUGGUGCAACCCAGGCAAACAGUGUUCAGAGUGCUGAUGCAAUAUAUGCCUACCAGCAGGCACUUGAUUUGAAGCCUAAUUAUGUUCGUGCAUGGGCAAACAUGGGAAUCAGUUAUGCCAAUCAGGGUAUGUACGAGGACUCCAUCCGCUAUUAUGUCCGGGCACUUGCUAUGAACCCUAAGGCAGAUAAUGCCUGGCAAUAUUUGAGGAUUUCACUAAGCUGUGCUUCUAGGAAUGACAUGCUAGAGGCUUGUGAUUCACGCAAUAUUGAUCUUCUGCAGAAAGAGUUUCCACUGUAAUACUUGAGUUGUUUUGAAGAUGAACAAAAUAUAGGUUCCAUUGCUUAGGGUAAGGGCUACACAUUCUGAAGUCUCCUAUUUGUCCAUUAAAAGCUAAUGGCAUGCCGGUCGAUUAUCCUUAUGGGUCCAUAUUUUGCUGCAGUUGGAUCUGAUACUGAAAGGUGAUUUUGGGAAGAAGCUAAACGAAAUCCAAAAGUUGGAAAACCAAACAUAAAUGUUGUAGCCAACUCAAACAAACAAACAAUUGUAUGUAGUUGCAAAUGCUAUACUAGAAUGUGUUGUGAUUCAUGAACAUGGCAAAAAUAGGAAGAGGCAAUUCAUUAUAUAAUAAACACUAUAGAUGAGAAUUAGUUAUGUCAUUGAUGUUGAGAAGAGAAAUAAAGUUUCUAAAUAUUGUACUCUUGCAAAA